AUGGACCGGCACUCCCCAUCCAACUCUGGUACUACGCAUGCUGCAGAGCAAGAUCCUCUGGCCGAAGAACGUCAACAUGCCAUGAAUUUAAUUGAGCGCACUCUUCGAGAAACGGCCUCACCACAUCCCCCACUUGACCCUACUAGACUCCCGGGUACAUAUGGACGCCGACACUUUCCUGUCAUGCCUGCUCUUCGUCGAGCCGCCCUAUUCGGUCAGCGUCCACGCCCAGCGUCCACGUUUGGUUCAUUGCUGUCCGAUGUUCUAGGGGCCCAGUCUGGUCAAACGUCCGGCCAUGCGCCCCUUUCGGGUACUUCGGUCAUUGUGCAGGGCGCCUUGGUAGCCCGUACAUCACCAAGUGGGCAAACAAUGGGUCAAGCGCCGAGUAGUUCUAGUCAAGAUGAACGUACGGCUACCGAUGGCUCAUUACAAGGGAAUCAUUCAAGCGACUCAUCCUCCUCCAAUGCCUCUUCAUCUCAGAGCACGACAACUUCUAGUCACACACACAAUACUACACAAUCUCAAAUACCCCAGACUGCUACGAUCGAAGAGCAGAGCGAAAUGUUGGGUCGCAUAUUGCGUAUUGCCGCGGCGGCCACGGCUGCCUCCGUGGUAGGUGCUUCGACGAUGCCCUCUGCUGCCACUACCACCGAUGCGGCACCACAAGACACCAAUUCUAGCAGCUCAGAAACACAACAUUCGCCAGAAGUGUCGCAGUCUUCUGCUCGUGAGUCCCGCCUAGGGCGAGAUCUGCUGGAACGAUUGUUGCCUCAUCGUCAAGGAUCGUCUACAUCACAGUCGACCAUGCCUGAAUCUGAAGCGAUUUCAAUGAUUUCGCGCCUUAUGCGUGAGGCACUCCGCGCCUCUCUUUCGGCUCGAGGAGACCCACAGUCUUCUUCCGAAUCAUCUCGAACGACGCCAUCAGAAUCCGUGCAAGCAACACUGGACCAGGCCCGGGCAGGUCUGCCUCUGACACCAGGUGAGCCUGGUUCAUUCGAUCGUUUCCUUCAUGACUUGCUUGAAGACUUAAGUGCGGCAUUACAUCGUCUUGGCGAGGAAAAUGACCCAGAGCGACCGUCUCCUGCGAGGGAGGCGGAUGCUGAGCAGUCGAAUCGCCAGGAUGGUGAUGUGGUCUGUGGACAGUUGUCGUUUUUCCGGCUAUUCCGCUUCGACCGUCACGAGCCCACAUCACUUAUUCCUUGUAUCCUUGUUGGAGUGCGAAGCUUACGUGCUGAUGAGCGGCUUAUGGGUGAAGUGGCCCCACAGACAGAUGACAAUGGCCGUGGAAUUUCACGCCUUGUGAUGUUUGUAAGUGGCGGACGUUAUCAUGACGAACACCCGCUGCUAACGGCGCACCCUCGCGAAGCGGGUCGUGAUCUUAUGUUUAUGAUGGAACUCCUUGGCACAAUGUCCGCUAUGCAAAACAAGCGACCAACAGCAAGCGCAAAUGAUAUUGAACGAAGUGGUCUCAAGAAGGUGCGCGGCACGGAGCUACCAGCUCUAUUGGAACAAGGUGCCAUUACGGAAAAUACGUCGGAAAAGUGUUUGGUGUGUUUGGAGGAAUGGCAAGACGAUAGCGAAUGCCGUGUAUUAUCCUGCAAGCAUGUAUUCCAUACCUCUUGCAUUGAUCAUUGGCUCGAGAACAGCUCGAAUACAUGUCCUUUGUGUCGUUCUGAAGCAGUUUCACUUUCCCACUAG